CUUGCGGUGAGCUGUAACAGGUCACAGCAGUAGGAGAGCCAUAAUGUCACGAAUGAGGAUGAGGAAGAGGGAGGAUCAGGGGAAAGGGUAUGAGAUAGGAGGAGAGAGAUAGAUAUAACCUCCAUGCUCCUCCCGCCCAGAGUCUUGUGUUCCGUCUUAUCCAGCAUCCCAAGCCUUCAUAAACAGAAGCACCCACACCACCAACCACACUUGACAACCUUGUAGGCGAAAACAAGCCUUUCGCCAAAUCAUCCUAGCAAAUUAUAUCCCUUCCAUCACAAAACCUCCAUACUCUCAAAAUGCCAUUCUUCGGAGGCGGCCGUCGCGAACCCUCUCCCGAACCAGUUCGGGAGCUGACCCCACCCCCCUCAGAGCCACGCCGCACCGGCUUCUUUGGCUCUCGCCGGGACCCUUCUCCGGAGCCAAUCCACCACCAGCCCGUCGCCGAGCCCGCGCCCCGCAAGCACGGCCUCUUCGGCUCCUCUCGCCGUGACCCCUCCCCCACGCCGACAGCCCGCACAUCCCGCACCUCCGCGACCUCCCACUCCUCUCUGUCGUCAACGACCUACCACACCUCCCCUGAUGGCCACCACGCCGGCGGAGGCGGCCUCUUUCGCCGCUCCACGGACGCGUCAUCCGGUCGCCGGGGCGGUCUGCUGCACAAGUUUGGCGGCGGAGGCGUAGAGAUGGACCCCAGCAUCGUGCAGGCGCGUGAGCGCGUCAUGGGCGCCGAAGCGGCUGAGAAGGAGGCUGACCGCGCGCUCAUGGCUGCGCGGGAGAGCGUUGCUGCUGCGAGGGCCGAUGUGCGUAGGCUUGAGGAGGAGGCCAAGGAGGAGGCUAGACGGGCCAAGAUCAAGCAGUACCAUGCCCGCGAGGUUUCCAAGCGUGGCAAGGCUUUGGGACGUCACGGAGACUAAGGUCACAAACAUGAGUGGUGUGGUUGAGAGGAACUCAGCAGCAUUUCUUUUGUAUUUAUGAGCUCAUGAUCUGGAUCAUGGCGUACGUUGAACAAUACGGAGUUGGGAGAGCGAAACAAAAGAUUUCACACUAUGUAUUACUACUAUACACGCAUGAGCGACGAUUCGGAAACGCAAACGUUACCUGUAUAACAUGUUGAAAAAUAAACUAUUUGACGAAC